GUUUAUGAAUCUUUAAAAUGCACAUUGAUGGGAAAUAGCUUAAACAACUUAGUUCUAUUAAUGUUAUUGUCAUUAAAGAAUUUAAAGCAUGGCUGAGAGUAUCGAGACAAGACACGAGAACUGGCUGAGAGUGGUCUGGGGACUCCUGUACGUGAGAGAAGGACUGCAGGGAUACGUAGAUACAAAAGGCAAACAACAGUACCAAACGUUUAUGAACACUGUUAAUGCGAAGUGUAAUAACCAGACAUGUGAUCAAUGUCAAAUCAACAUCAGAUGCCAAAAUGGCACGACUAAGGUGACCGGAAAAUCGAAAUUCAGGCCAGCCCAUUUCUGUGAUGAAAUGUACAAAGAGAUACAAAACAAUCAUGUUAGAAAUAAUCCAUUCUGGAUGAAUACAGACUCUACGAAAUGGCUUGAUCCCCACGUCGGUUACUGGGAGUUGGCCAAAUGUUAUCUCAGUACAGCCGGCUACUUGGACAAAACGGGUUCAAAUCAGGUGGACGCCUCGGGACUUUUAAGCAUCUGUAUGAACAGUUCGUAUAUGAGACAAAACAUAACACAUAUUCAGCAUUUUGAAGAGUUGCGGAACAUAAGGAACAUGACCCUGCAUGACCCCCACUAUGAGCUGGACGGACAGACAGCAGACGACUGCCUGGACAAAAUGAUUGCCGUACUGGAGGACCCACAGGAACUUAUCCAUGAUACAUUUGCUAAACAAGCCGCUAAUCAAAUGAGGAAGAUCAAAUUCAAAACUGAAAAGCCACCAGAUAUUAUUCAUAACAAAUCUCUCGAAGAGAUUGAGAGUCUGAUGUAUAACACGAUACACAAGAAACUGGAAGUGUUUGUAGUUGACGAGGUCGAACGAAAGGUGAAAGUCGAGGUCAAGCAGGAGAUGCAGAACUAUUCUGAUGACAGAGGUAACGACAAAAGGGAACAUCAAGUUGAAGAUCUACGACAUCGGCUUGCCAAGUACUACCAGAAACACCUCAACAGAGCGCCCAUAUCGCCCCUGCUUUCAGACAAGGACGAGCGACUGGACAUGUUUUACGUCCCUCCGAAGAUGGUCGAGAAAGACCACAGAAAAAUUGGUGUGACUGAGAGAGAACAGGGAACAUCUGUGACGGCUUACAGACAAUUGUUUUGUAAAAUGCGUGUAUUUAGGAAAAGCGUGUUUAUGGUCGGCGAGGCCGGGAUGGGAAAAUCCUCCUGUGCUGCAAUGUGUGCAUUAAAAUGGGCUAAUCAUUUCUCGUCAUCGAAUAUGAUUAACGAACCUACUUCACAUCAGACGCCUCGGAAUAAUAUUACGUUGCCUGAUUUUGGGUUAACCAAUAGUGAUUUUGCACAUAUUUUCCGUUGUGAAACUGAACAAGAUGAAGAAUUUAAAGAUGAUUCAUUCUUUAAGGAAAUUGAGUUUUUAUUACAUCUUACUCUUAGAGAUAGCUGUGACCGUUGCGACCUCACAGACAUGAUACAAGAUCAGCUUAUCAACAAAAUUUACCAACAAGAUGAGAGGACAGCUGCACUCUCCACUAUGCAAAGUAUCCUGUCCAACAGCAUCUGCGUAAUCAUAGUAGACGGCCUGGAUGAAUGGACUCAUCCCUAUGAUAUAAAAUGCAGCUGUUCAGAAGAAGACAAAGUAAUCCCUCACUUAACGCCAACCAUAGAUGCAACUGUGUUGAUAACAUCACGACCCUGGAGAAUGUCACAACAACGCGUUAAAGACACGAAAAUAGACACGUAUAUGGAGAAAGAGGGAACUACAGAUAUGUGGCUACUGAUUCAGAAAGUAUUGAACAGUCUUAAUAAAACAAUUGCAGUAAAGAAAAAAAUGCCUGAUUUCGUCAAGUUUGUUGAUAGAAUGAAUCUUGCACGUCUUUUAAUGGUGCCAAUACUAUCAAUGUUGCUGGUCUGUCUAUGGUUUGAGGAAAUGUAUGAAUCUUCAUCUUUGUGUGACAUAUACGCAUAUACUAUUGAAAUGAUGUUUGGGCGAAAAACCCUUCCUGUGCUUAAUGUUUCGCAGGUAGAAAUUCCUUUUCCACGAUGUUUCCAGCACACAGAAAAAGUUCAAAAGUAUUGCAGCAUCGUUAUAAAGAUGGCACAUCUUGCUUUUACGACAUUGUUCUCGAUUGACCAAACAUCGGCUUUGGUGUUUAAAAAAGUUGACAUUUUGUCGCACGAAAAUCUCCUGUUUGUUCUGAAGUCGGGAAUCUUGCAAGAAACAAAAGCAAGGUCUUUGCUACGAAAGUCAUCGAAUUAUUCAUUCAUCCAUAAAACUGUUCAGGAGUUUCUUGCUGCAAUAUACAUGUCCUACCAUCCCGAAGAAUUUCAUAGAGUAUUUCUACCUUUUUAUCAAAAGAACGGUGAUGUGUCGGAUAUUUCACAGGUCUUUGUUUUCAUGUGCGGUCUGAACAUUAAGUUAGCAAAUGAGAUGUCUGCUUUGAUAUCGGAUAUACCUCACCACUUACUGUUCCGGUCCGAUGGCUCUCAUCGUGUGAUUGUUUCGGGUUAUAAGGAGGCCAAAGCUAGUCAAGUAUUGGAUAUUCAGUUGUUGCUGUACGACUUUUAUUUUAGACUUGAAACUAUCGAUACCGGUGUAUUAAAUGACUUGCUAGCGAUGAACAAGUCCAAAGUGCGCAGUAUCAGUACAAGUUCCGAAACAAAUCAGGCGACACUACAGGAGGUUUUCAGUAACUCCACAGACACGCUUACCGAGGUUUUCAUAUAUGACGUUGCUGGGAAGUAUGACCUCUCUGCGUGCAAUUUUCUCACAUCCUUAUCAAUAUCUGGAUCUAAACUAACAGAUAUCGUUGUCAAUACUAAGAAUCUGUUUGAAUUAAAUUUAAAAAAUGUUUCGAAAAGAGUUGAAUACAGUAUUUGGCAGUCCAUUGAGAGUGAAUCGGAGAAUUUAAUAAAAUUGAAAAUAAACUGCAUCAAAAUCAUAAGAAUAUUUCGUCAAACUCUUCCACGGCUGAAACAGUUACACAACUUGACCAUACAGAGUACAGAACUCGGUGAGCUAGCAUUGCUCCUCCCAGCCUCUGUUACCAAUGUCCACACGGUCGUUAAUGGGGAUGGUGGAGAGGCUGGAAAAGAACACUCAAAUUGUGAAGUGUCAAUUAUUGGAGUGUACUGUGGAUCCCAUCGCGAAGCAUAA